AUGUUGUAUGCAACGGCCAGUUUUGUAAUCUUUGUGAUGCUUUUCAUUGGUGGUGUUAUGGGUUUUGUAUUUCGACAUCAACUCCAACAUCAGAUACCGUUGCAUUUGAAAAUGUUAACAUCGUUACGCGAAUUGUACGGAACACCCGAAAUGGACGGCAUAACGAACGCAUGGGAUGAGCUGCAAACGAAUUUCAAUUGCUGUGGUGUUAAUGGUACUAAUGACUUGAGAAUAUGGCCUACUUCAAAGUGGUAUAUGCAUCAAAAGGAACCAAAACAGAAACUACCUGCAUCAUGUUGUGUUAAUGGUGUGGAAACGGAAAAAUGUAUGAACUUCAAUGCCUCUGAAGCGUUUGAUACAAACGUUGUACACACGAAUACGUGUUACAUGCCGUUGAGAAGUGACCUUCUCUAUGUUAUGCAUAUAGCAGCGUGGACUUCCGUUAUUUCAUCGUUGGCAAUGUUGGUUCCGGCCAUAUUUGCCGCCGUAUACGCACGUCUUAUCAAGAAAUAA